ACAACUCGCAGUUGUAGCUUCUACUACAGAAUAAUCAAAACAAUUAUCUUCUCGUGAUUUUUGUACGUUUUUGAUUAUUUCCGAACCGAAAUUGUCAUCAUUAGUGCCUAAAACUGAUUUUUCAGCUGAUAAGAAGAUGUCAGAAUAUGAAUAUGUUGUACUAACUGUUAGUGAUUCGUGUUACCAUGGUUCUGCCACAGACAAGAGCGGCCCAGCGUUGGAGGAGUUGCUGAAGCAAAAUUUCGGUGCCACGAAAAUUUUGCGGGGUGUUGUGCCUGAUGAAGCGAGCAAAAUUAUCGAAGUCCUCUUAAUAUUCGCCGAUGAGCAAAAAGCGAACGUUAUUAUAACAACCGGCGGUACAGGAUUCGGUCCGCGAGAUGUCACGCCUGAAGCGACGCGUCAAGUGAUCUACAAAGAAGCGCCCCAACUCGCUUACUUGAUGAUCGCUAAUCAAAUGAGCAACUUGGGAGCUGAUAAAAAGAACAAAAUGGUCGCUUUAUCGCGGGCCGUUUGUGGAAUUCGGAAUCAAACGUUGAUCAUAAACAUGCCGGGAAGUGUAAAAGCUGUCACGGAAUGCUUCGAAGCCAUCAAAGAAAUCAUUCCGCAUGCCGUUCAGCUGAUCGUGAAUGACUUGUCGAACGUUAAAUCGACUCACGAGUACGUUCAAAGCGCCGGAUGUCAUUCGCAUCGUCAUCACCAUCACGGAAUUCAUCAUCAUACGCAUGUGUGUCCCAAUAAAACUAACACGGGCGCUAAAGAUGAUCGAAAUUCCGAGUAUCCGAUGAUCGAAGUUGAUCGUGCGCAGGAUAUUAUUUUUGAAAAUACCAAUAAAUUUGCGCCGGUUCAGUCGUUUGCGUCGGGAGUUGACAUUCCGCCGUUUCGGGCAUCGAUUAAGGAUGGCUAUGCGGUCAAAGCUAGCGGAGGAAAGGGAGUUAAGAAGGUUUUGGGAUACAUUAAUGCGGGAAAUAAGAUAAACACGAGCGAAUUAAAAGACAACGAGUGCUUCAAAAUCAACACAGGAGCACCUGUACCAGCCAACUGUGACGCCAUUGUCCAAAUCGAGGACACAAAAUUAAUAAAAGAGGAAAACGGCAUCGAGAAAGAGGUUGAAAUAUUAAUUCAACCCACAAAAAAUCUCGACAUAAGGGACGUUGGUACCGAUUUGAAAAAAGCUACAAAACUUUUUGCACAUCGACGCCCCUUGAGCACUGUAGAGCAUGCCAUACUUGCCUCCGUAGGACAAAUAGCUGUUUCUGAUUGGAAACCCCGCAUCGCAGUCUUCUCCACGGGCGACGAACUCCUCACCCCGGAAAGUUCCCCAGUCGAAGGAAAGAUCUUUGACUCCAACACCACAAUGAUAACGGGACUCCUGAAAGACUUUGGCUUCGAUGCGACCCUCACACGAAUUCUGUGCGACACAAAAGAAGAUAUCGAACUCGCGAUAAAUGAAGCGGAAAAACUCGGAUGUCACGCGAUCAUCAGUAGCGGCGGCGUUUCCAUGGGCGACAAAGAUUACAUCAAACCGAUGCUACUCGAACGUGGUUUCAACAUAAAAUUCGGUCGAGUCAACAUGAAACCCGGCAAACCGAUGACUUUUGGCUUCAACUCGGAAAAACGCAUCCAAUUUUAUGGUUUGCCCGGAAAUCCCGUGUCAGCAUUUGUUACUUUUCAUCUUUUUGUGCUUCCGGGCUUGAGGAAAAUGAGUGCGGAUGAAGAUGAGGAAGCGAAAGUACGACUUCCGAUCAUCACAGUCGAGCUACUGAACGAAAAAUACGUUUUGGAUUCGAGACCUGAAUAUGCAAGAGCCUUGAUCGUCUCGAAAAAUGGAAAAUUAUACGCAGAAAUCACGGGAAAUCAAAUUAGUAGUCGACUGAUGAGCGUCAUGAACGCCGAUGUGUUGCUGCAUUUGCCGGGAGCGACGGAAGAAAGACCCGCAGUUACGAGGGGAACAAUUCUAAAAGCCAGUGUCUUGAAACAUGAUUUUAUUAGUCGUUAUGAGUAGUGAAAAUUUCAUGGAAUAAAAUUUUUUCCAACA